CCCUCUUUUCAAACGUCAAACUCCCUAAAUUGUGUUUGCAUCAGUACGAACGGUCCCAGAUUUUUGCCAAUUUCUACAAUUAAAAUUAAAUUUUCAAUAUGACUCUUAUGGUUACAAUGGAAAAUGGCACAAGCCAAACAAUUCCCGAAAUGCUUAGCUGCAUUGAAAGAUACAACCCUGAUCAUUUGAAGACAUUGGAAACCUACAUUGAAGAGCAGGCAAAGAACAACACCUACGAUUUGGAGGCCAACUUAGCCGUUCUCAAGCUGUACCAAUUUAAUCAACAUAUGCUUAACAUUGACAUUACCCGAACGAUUCUUCUGAAAUCGCUCACAAAUCUUCCACACACCGAUUUUGUUAUGGCCAAGUGUUUGCUGUUGCCUCAGCAAGUUAAGGAUGAUGUUGUCCAAACCAUCAUUCAUCUUGCUGACAUUUUGGAGAGGGCUGAUUUUAUUCUUUUCUGGCAACGAGUCGAUAAGAAUCGCGAACUGUUCAAACACAUUACUGGCUUCUAUGAUUCCAUCAGGAAGUUCGUGUGUCAUGUCAUCGGAAUCACCUUCCAGACAAUCGCCAAGGAUCUCCUCAAGAAACUUCUUGGAGAUAUUGAUGAAAACACUUUGGAACAAUGGAUGAAGAAGAACGGCUGGAAGCACCAGGGAAGUCUUAUUUUAAUCGCCGAACAAGAGCAGAAAAUCAAGACGAAAAACAUUACCGAAAAAAUCGAUUUCGAGAAUCUUGGCGGUCUCAUGGCUCAAUGUCUUUAAAAAAGCAACAACAAGAAAAUAAAAAUUGUAUUCAUUUUUUUAUUGUAGAAACAAAAAUUAAUAAAAAUUGAAAAUAUAAUAAAAUAAAUCGAA